UAAGAUGGCGGCUUCUACUGCCAAUGUGGAAGGUAUUACAGGACUGUUAAAAGACUCUUUAUCAAAAGUUGGAUUUGAAAUCUAUCCUCUGAAGGUUGGCUGGUAUAACUCUAUGCUGCCUCCCUCCCUGCGCCUGGCUCACCGUGAUGACAGCCUGGCCGUGGUGGUGCUCAGCACUCCCUCCAUGUUUGAACAAGCCUUCCUGCCCUUCGUGGAGGAGAGGGGCUGCCAGGGCAUGUCCGACCCCAUAGACCAGUGCGUCAAACACUGCGUCUCCUCUGCUGUCUCCCAGUGUUUCCCGGGACAGGAGGUGGAUGUGAGGUACGACUACGAGAUGCUGCCCAGCAGGAAGCCGAAGUUUUUGGCGCAGACUGCGGCUCACGUGUCCGGAGCAGCUUUCUACUACCAGCAGUCUGACGUCAGAGACCAACCCUGGGCUGAAAAAAAGAUGUUUGGAGUGUGUGUGCACCCGAGGUUCGGGGGCUGGUUUGCCAUCAGAGCCCUGUUGGUGUUCGGGGGUGUGACGGUGGGCUCUGAGAUGCAGCAGCCUGUUCCUCCAGACUGCGUGCCCUCCAGAGAGGGCAGGAUACAGCUGCUGGAGGCUUUCAACUUUCACUGGCAGGACUGGAGGUACAGGGACGUCGUGCGUCCGGUCCAGAUCUACUCUCAGAAACAGAAGGACUACUUUUCCACUCCUCCUGCUCAGCGGUUCGCUCUGCUCAAGACUUGGGGCUUCCUGCCGAGAGACAGCGAUCAACCCGACACGACGUCGGACACUCGGAGCCAGGCGGCCGGACACGGCUGAAGCAGCUGCACAAACCUCCACUGCUGAGCUUCGGUGGAAGCUUUUUUUAAGGUACAAGGGAAACUUUUCAGGGACUUGCAUAUGAUGAGUUUCAUCAUAUUGAUAGACUACGUGUGGUCACACUGCUGAGUAAAGGCAGCUCCUCUCAUGGAAACUGGAACAUACUCAAAUGUUUGUACGUAUGCUUUAAACAUUACCGCUGCUGAGUGUGUUAAAACCAAUUACUUAGAAGAACGCAGCUUGUGUCCUUGUUGCUUGUGUCACACUGUAACACUCCAACUUCUGACGUUUAAGCAGCAGCAGUGACUUUUACUUUGGACAUUGUAUCAUUUGACACAAUAUCAACACAAGAGGUUGUAUCAAAUGAAAAUGUUUCACCACCAGACUGCCUUUCAUUUGUAUCUGUAUGUGCUGAUACUUGAUCAUGAAGAGAACAGACACUUUUUUUUGUUUUGUUUUUUACUCAUUUCUAGAAUAUCUCUAUUUGAUUUUAGAGUGAAGCCAUGAAAAUAAACAAUAACUACAAAUAAUAAAGACAUGUAUCCAUGGAUUUGAU